UCCGCCUCCGCUGCAGAUACACAUAUUUUUUAGAGCAGAUUCAGUCGAGUUUAAAGACGUCUGCAAUCUCACUUUUUAAGCCAAACCAUCCUGAACAAGAAGAAGAACAAGAGAGAGCGCUGAAGCCGACCAUGCUAGCAGCCUUAACUCUGGCCUCCCUGAGCCUCUUGGUGUGGGGGUCUAACCUCUGCCCGCCAUCCUGCCAGUGUCUCCAUAAUCUGACCACUGUUGUGUGUCAGGUGAAAGAACUGAGCCAGAUCCCUGAGCUGCCAGAUGGCACAGAGAAGCUGUAUGUCUCAUACAACAAUAUACAGGAAAUACCUAGGCGUGGGCUGGAGAAGCUGCAGGACCUGGACCUGACUAAGAAUCAGCUGAAUGUCUUCCUCUCCUUCAACCCAGUUUGGCCCAACAUGAUGAACCUGUCUAAACUCUUCCUACGUGACAAUGGCCUGACGUUGCUACACCCUGGUCAGUUCAUAAACUGUCCUGCUCUCACAUUACUGGACCUGAGUGAGAACCAGAUUGAAUAUCUACCAGCCGGACUCCUCCGUGGAUUAGCUCAUCUAAAGACGCUGUACAUGAACUUUAACCACAUUCAAAUGUUACAGGUUGGUGGAUUGGAAGGAGCCUCUGCCCUCAAGGACCUCUCGCUUAGCCAUAAUAAUAUAACAAAGAUAGAAGAAGGUGUGUUCAACAACUCAACUGUUUUGGAGAAACUUGUUCUGUCUAGCAACAGAUUCACAAGUGUGGAUGGGGCCAGCUUCAGGGGAGCGACAGGUCUCCAAUACCUUUACCUAAGUGGCAACAUGCUGGCCACUGCUCCAGCUAAAGCACUGAGGGAUGUUAAAGGGCUCAAGCAUUUGUAUCUAGAGAGGAACCACCUCAUCAGCCUUCCAGAUGAUUGCUUCUCCUCACUGAGUAUGUUGAUUCAUCUAGAUUUGAGCAACAACAAGCUGACCAAUCUAUCUGAGGGAUCACUAAGAGGUCUGAUCAAUCUGAGUGAGUUGGAUCUUAAUAGCAACCUCAUAGAUUAUCUUCCCUCAAAAGUCUUCAGCAGUUUGAACAGACUUAAGAUACUUGAUUUGUACUCCAACAGACUGACAUCUCUUUCUCUGGACGUAUUCAGUAACUUGAUCCACCUACAAGAGCUGCAGCUGGACAGUAAUCAGAUCUCUAACAUACCAGUUGGGGUUUUUGAUUCGCUCUCCAAACUCAGUGAGCUACAGUUGGCAAACAACCACAUCCUGGAAAUCCAUCCUGCUUUGUUCAAGAAGCUCAAGGCUCUACAGAACCUGAACUUGGAGAACAACGCUAUAAAGCACCUUCCCGAAGGUGUUUUGCACAAAAUGAGGGCCCUCAAGGAGAUACACCUCAAUGACAACCGCAUCAAGUCUCUUCAUCCGUCAGUCUUCAAUGGUUUGGUGAGGAUACAUUUGCUGAGCUUCUCUCGCAAUCGUCUCUCCUCUCUACAUCCGGACCAGUUCAAAGACCUGGUCAGUUUGAAAGCGUUACACCUGGAUGAAAACCACAUAGGUAACAUUCCUGCAAGCCUGUUCAUGAAUCUAAAAAAGCUUCUUACACUGAAUCUGGACAGCAACCGUAUCUUGGAGCUGUCUCCUGAUCACUUUGUAGGGUUGACCUGCCUUAAAGAGCUCAAGCUGAGCUUCAAUCAGCUCAAUGACAUUCCUUUCAAGACCUUCCAUCCUCUUCACGACCUCCGCAGGCUCAUGCUAAAUAACAACAUCCUGGCUAGUUUACACCCUCAACUUUUUGCCCGACUUAGGAAGCUAACAGAACUCAGCUUGGAUGGAAACAACCUGAAUCACUUGCACCCUGAUGUAUUUCAAGGACUUACAAACCUCCAGAAAUUGAGUUUGAAGUCAAACCAUCUCAGAGCAGUGAACAAUGGGACUUUUGAGAUGUUGAGAAAACUUAAUGCUAUUCAUCUGUCGGGUAAUUUGUGGGACUGCACCUGUAAACAAAAUGUCUACAUCAGCAGCUGGGUCAACGUGCACAGAGACAAGCUUGGAGACCAGCCCAUGUGCUUUUUCUCCUCUACCUCACCCAUUACUCAGGACACGCCGCUCUCACAGGCAGCUCUGUCUCCUCUAUUGUUACAAGAUCAUUGCAUUACAAGUGUUGAAAGUGGCUCAUCACCUCAAUUUCCUGCUUUCAUGCUGAAUCUCCUUCUGCUCAUAGCUUUCAGCCCACUGUGGCUUCCUUUGUAGUGGUUUGGUCCCCUCUACUGUCUCUUUUCCCUGCUUUUGCUUUUCACGCUAUUGGUUUUUCGAUAUUUGUGUGUGUGCUGCAAGUUUGAAUAUCUAUAGAUGCAUUCAAAGAUUGUGUAAAUAAAGAUUAAACAUCAUUCUGGACAAAUUUGCAAUGAAAUAAUGUGAUUAUACAAAUGUGCAAGAGAGAUUUAAGUAUUAGCACUGUUGCAAAUUGGAAAAUAACCUAAACUGUCAGUUUUGUGAUUUAAUUGAAAAAUAUUGGAGCACAACUAAGUAAAACCUCACUAUAAAACAGCAUGGACUCUAGUCUACUGAUCUGCAUCAGCUCCUAUUUUUAAUGAUACUUUAUGUGCUGUGAGGGCUGAACAACUAGCUUCAUGACAGGAGAUAAGUUGUUGCUGUGUUUGC